AGAACAAAAAACGCAGUCCAUAACUAACAGAGUUGCGAGAUUUCAGACUUGCAAAAAUCUCAGAUUGUGAAGAAAAACUAGACGAAAAAUGGCUUCUACGGAAUCGAAGACGGUGCAUUCGGCAGCUCUCACUUAUUUUUCUAUGAUUUCUCUUCUCACUCUCUGUCCUCCCUUCGUUAUUUUGCUAUGGUAUACAAUGGUGCAUGCAGAUGGGUCUAUUAUCCAGACCUUUGAUUACUUGAGGCAACAUGGGCUGCAAGGAUUUGUAGAUAUAUGGCCAAGACCCACUGUUACGGCUUGGAAAAUAAUUGCUUGUUAUGCAGCAUUUGAGGCUGCCCUUCAGCUUCUUCUGCCUGGAAAAAGGGUUGAGGGCCCAAUAUCUCCUGCUGGGAACCGACCUGUUUACAAGGCAAAUGGUAUGGCAGCGUACACAGUGACACUUGUAACCUAUCUAAGCCUUUGGUGGUUCGGCAUAUUCAAUCCCACAAUUGUUUAUGAUCAUUUGGGAGAAAUAUUUUCAGCACUUAUUUUUGGAAGCCUCAUUUUUUGUGUUUUCUUAUACAUUAAAGGUCAUUUGGCCCCAUCUUCCAGUGAUUCUGGUUCAUGUGGGAACAUGAUAAUUGAUUUCUACUGGGGUAUGGAGCUAUAUCCUCGAAUUAGUAAGAACUUUGACAUCAAAGUUUUCACAAACUGCAGAUUUGGGAUGAUGUCGUGGGCAGUUCUUGCUGUUACCUACUGUAUUAAGCAGAAGCAAAAUGUGGGAAAUUCUUUGGUGGUGGUGUAGAGACCUCAUUUGCUAGGCUCACAU